CUGUAGUAACUAUAAUUCAAAUAGCUUUUGGAAACGUUUUAAUCUGCAAAUGCCACAAAAGCCUAACCUUACGUUCUCCACCUACUCAUAUCCACAGCACGACGAUUUUGACAGAGUUGUCGGCUGGAAAUGAUGUGGAAAUGCUUAUUUUUCAUUUAAAAAAAGGAGAAAUUGAUGAAUGCCCUGAACAAAGAAUAGUAAAUACCCAAAUUUGUAGUAAUCUUUUCUUCUUCUCACUGAUUUGACUUUGGAAAUACUCAGUGAAUUGCUGCCUUUUUGCUGCCUGAGACUGCCAUUCUGAAUACUAAUAAUUGAGGGCAUGGAAGGGACUGGGGUGCCAGUUGAGGAGGAAUUUAAAUCCUCCUCUCACGUGUCAAAUGAAGAAAGCAGUAAAAAUAAAGUAGAUGUUCGGUUGCCAUCAGUGCAUGAUCUUACAUCAUCAUCAGAAGAAAAUGUUGUAGAAGCAUCAGGAACAAGUCCUCCAUUACCAUCAGAUGCCAGUAAAGAAUCGCUAAACGGUACUUCAGAAGAGCUAUUAGUUAGUGAAUCGCCAAGAACAAAUGCAGAUACUGGCAAUGCGGCUAACUUGUUAACGGAAAUGGAAACUAGCAGCCAUGAUACUACAGCUAUGGAUACUACUAUUCAGCCUAAAAUGCAUCACCCAGUUGCUGAGGUUGAUAGUUCUCAGAUGGUAGGCAUUGAGUUAUUUGACUCUCCACAUGAAAGGAGAACUCUAGGAGAAGAUAGUGUUGAUAUAAUUAGUGCUGAGCCCAGUAGUAUUCAUACUGAGAAAGAAAAUGUGGAGUGCCUAAAAAAGGACGUCAGUCAUACAGAAAAAGAAACUGUGCAGUCUGAACAAAAAGAAAUUGAUCAAACUGAGAUUGAAACUGUGCAGUCCGGAAUAAAAGAAAUUGAUCAUGCUGAGAGUAAAAUUGUGCAAUGUGAAAUUAAAGAUAUUGAUCACCCCGAAAAAGAAAUUGUGAAGUCUGAAAAAAAAGAAAUUGAACACCUUGAGAUUGCAACCGAAAACAAAGAAAUUGGUCACUCUGAGAAAGAAACAGUGCAGUUUGAGAAAAAGGAAACUCAUGAAACUGAGAAAGAAGCAUUGUGGCCUGAAAGAAUAGAAAAUAAUCACAUGCUGAAAGAAACCUUUCAGUCUAAAAGGAAAGAACCUGAUCGUACUGGGAAAGAAACAGUGCAGUCUACAAAAAGAGAAAUUGAAAGGCCACAUCAUGCAGAAGAGGCCAUUAUCAUAAACAGAGGUGAAGUAGACACUGCGGCACCUUUUGAAUCAGUGAAGGAAGCAGUUACCAAGUUUGGAGGAAUAGUUGAUUGGAAAGCACAGAAAGUUGCAAACAUGGAGAAACGUCAUUUUGUAGAGACCGAGCUUCAAAGGGUGCAAGAAGAGCUGCCUGAAUUGAAGAAACAACUGGUUGUAGCAGAAGAUGAAAAGGUACAAGUCCUAAAGGAGCUGGACGACAUGAAAAAGCUCAUUGAAGAGCUAACUCUAAAUUUGGAGAGAGCACAGACUGCAGAAGAGCAAGCAGCACAAGACUCAGAGCUUGCAAGGCUGAGGGUUGAGGAGAUGGAGAAAGGCAUAACAGAUGAAGUAAGUGUUGCUUGGAAGACACAGAUAGAAGUUGCCAAGACUAGGCAUGCAGCAGCUCUUGCAGAUUUGCAAGCAGUGAAGAAUGAAUUGGAAAAAAUUAAAUUAGAACACCAGCAUUUGAUCAAUGAGAGGGAUAUUGCCAUAAAAAAUGCAGAAGAGGCCUUUUAUGCAUCUGAGGAAAUGGAGAAAAAGGUUGAUGAACUCACCUUAGAGCUUAUUGCAACCAAGGACUCUUUAGAGAUGGCUCAUGUUGCACUUCAGGAGGCAGAGGAACAGAGAGUUGCUGCAGCAAUUUCCAAGGAGCAAGAGGCUGGAGCAAGGGCUAAGGAAAUAAAGCGUGCAACUGAAGAGCUUGAAAUACUUAAAAAAGAACUUGCUUUAACUGAAGAUUUGAACUCUAAGCUUGAAGCUGCAUCAUCUUUGUUGCAGAGUUUAAAAGCUGAACUUGAAUCCUGUAAGGAAGCUGAUUCAAAAUUAGCAACAGAAUCAGUAGAAGCUGAAGUAAGUCUAGCAAAAGCUAUGGAUGAGCUGGAACAAGCAACAGUGGCAGAGGCAAAAGCAAUUACAGCUCUGGAAUCAGUUAGAACAGAACUAGAGGAGAUAAAGGCAAACUUGAAAGAUGCAACAGAAGAAGUAGCAAGUUUGAAAGGUGCUGUUGAAUCUAUGCAAUCAGAAUUAGAAACAGAGAAGGCAGCACUAGCAACAAUGCGGCAAAGAGAAGGAAUGGCAUCUGUUGCAGUUGCUGCUUUGGAAGCUGAAUUGAAGAAGGCAGGGGAAGAACUUGAAUUGGCUCAAGCAGGAGAAAGGCAAGCCAAGGAAACCAUGGCAGAGCUUCCUAAGGCUUUACAACAAGCUGCUGCUGAAGCAGACGAAGCCAAGGCCAAAGCUGAAAUAGCCAGAGAAAACAUGCGUAAAUCUAGGGAGGAAAUUGAACAGGCUAGGGCUGCUACCAGUACUGCAGAGAGUAGGUUGCAAGCAGCUAUAAAAGAGAUGGAAGCAGCCAAGGCUUCAGAAGCAAUAGCUCUUAAUGCAAUCAAAGCUUUAAAUGAAAGCGAGUCUGCAGGAGGAUCUUCAGAGACAAAUAAUUCAGCUGGAGUGACACUAUCUGUAGAGGAGUACUAUGCAUUAAGCAAAAAAGUACAUGAUGCUGAGGAACUAGCAAACAGCCGAGUGGCAGUUGCUAUGACCCAAAUAGAUGCUGCCAAGGGCAGUCAAGAGAAUGUUAUGAAGAAAUUUGAGGAAGCAAGCAAAGAAAUAAAUGCAAGGAAGGAGGCAUUAGAGGAUGCCCUGAAAAAAGCAGCUGAAGCAAAGGCAGGGAAGCUUGCUGUUGAGGAUGAGCUGCGAAAGUGGAGAGCAGAACAUGAACAGCGGAGGAAGGCAGGUGAUCCAGUGACUGCAAUGAAAAACUCUGUGGUACCGCAGAGUCCUGUCACUGUUGAAAAAGAUCUGACAGCUUCCAAUGUAAAUGAACAAAGUAGUAUGAAAGAACAUGCUAGCACUCAAGAAGCAGCAUUAGGAUCACCAAUGCAAGAAAUGAGUACAAAGGUUUCAUCACCUGAGAACUUUGAGAGCAAACAGCCUGAGGAUGGUCAAUUCUCUACAAAGAGGAAAAAAAAAUCUUUUUUUCCUCGUAUUGUAAUGUUUCUUGUGCGCAAGAGAAACCAAUUGUUGAAGUGAUACUUCAUAGUGAAAAAUGGUAAACCUGUAUUUCAAGAGAACGCUUGUAAGUAUGGACAUUUGAUAGUUUUCCUGUUAUCUGGUGUCGUAUAUUUCUAGGUUCAUCUGAAUAAGUGGGGAAUUAUUUAUUGGGUAUUGGUUUUGCUGUUGUACAUCCAGUUUGUAAAUUGUCUUAGAGUUGAGCUUUUGUCGCAUUUCCUCCAUUCAAGUAACAAAGUGGGAAGGCAUAUUUAGCCUUUAUUCAGAAUUGCUGCUAAAAUUGUAAUAAUGUGUACACAAUUAUUCUAGUGUCCGAAUUUUUUGUGGAUAAUUCUGCAGGAAAUACUAUGUUAUAAGUAACUUGUAGAUCUCUGAGAUCAUGAAAAGAGCUUAGCAUAUUAAGUCUUAUUCUUUUGUAAGAAAAUUGUAUUUUAAUCUUUUCUUGAAACCUUACAUUUCUCGGAUAGCUAUUACUUGAAAUUAUACUUCUGUGUGCAAAAUUUGAUUGACAGGUAAUAAUAAUUCUGUGCAUCUUUUUACUGUCGA